GUGGGAUUAAAUCUGCCGUCAUCCCUGCGGUGUGUUUAUUCCGGAUGUGCGCACCAUGAGGGCAGGGAGACGGUGUAUAUACGUACAGAAGCUGUGAUGAUCUGAGAACAGUGCAGCGGGACGAUUCACCGGCUUCUGGUCAUGACUGAAGCGCGAGCGCUUUACGUUAGUUGGCUGUUUGGUGAAGUAAAAUCCCAAACAGUCGGUUUUAGCUAAACUAGCUAUCUGGUUUUAUCAGCUGGUGCUGGAGAGAAGACAUGCGUGAAGAUGUGGAUGAAUUUUAAACAGUGAGGGAAAAAAAUUGAAAGUGUCUAAACUCGGCUCUGAAUUCAUGGACACUAGUUUAGAAUUAGCACAAAUGCUAACAGCCUUAUAAGAGAAGCGGGAAGAUCAAACGCAGCUAAUUGCCUCAGCUUGCUAACCGUCAUUUGUAACCGCUGUAACGGCUACAUGUAUAAAGUGCUCAUUAUUUUGUCGGAAACCUGUUUAUUUUUCUAUUCUAUCACUUUCCGAGCUCGGAUACCUAAUGUUUGUUUAUUUCUAGCCGGAUAAAUGACCUCCUAAUUUCCAUUUUAAGCUAGGUUAGCUUAAAGCUAGCUAGCUAGUUUGUUUGUUUUGUGGUUAUUAUGACAUCCGGAGAUUCGAACACAAAACCUUUCCUGUUACACGCUUUAUCAGUUUGUGGGAUUUUUAAACUUCACGGUGUGAAAAUUUCAUCUGGAAAGCGACUCGAAGCUAUGAUCGUCUGAGCCGAUUUAACUUCUCAGCUGUCUUCACUGUUUGCACCGAAAAUGAAGAGGACAGAGAAUAAAAAUAAGAGGAAAUUGUGCAGCAACGAGCAACAGUCCAGUGGCUCUGAAGGAAAAAAUGGGAAGGAGGUGGUAGUGCAGCCUACCCUGAUCUUUCGAAAGCUGAGUAACCCAGACUUAUCCACUGCUGCAGGAAAGACCAAACUCCAGCGGCAACUCAGCCAGGAUGAGAGUCGAGCCCGCCGCAGUAGCAUGGCUGCCGGCCUAACUGGGAAGCAGCUCCUGCCUCUGUCUAGCAGCAUGCACAGCGGUGUGAGUCAGCUGGCCUGGCAACAGCAGGCAGGAGAACCAAACAACCUCAUCCGCAUGAGGAACCAGUCCCUGGGUCAGUCUGCUCCGUCUCUAUCCGCAGGACUGAAGGAGCUGAGCCUUCCCCGAAGAGGCAGUUUUUGUCGAACGAGCAACAGGAAGAGCCUGAUAGUGACCUCCAGCACCUCUCCAACUCUACCCAGACCUCACUCACCGCUACACGGACAUACUGGGAGCAGCCCGCUGGACAGCCCACGCAAUUUCUCCCCCAACACCGCAGCCCACUUCUCCUUCAUUCCUGCUCGCAGUCACGGGCACAGGGCUGACAGGACGGAUGGCCGGCGCUGGUCUCUCGCCUCCCUGCCCUCUUCAGGGUACGGAACCAACACUCCCAGCUCAACAGUCUCAUCAUCAUGUUCAUCCCAGGAGAAGCUGCACCAGCUGCCCUUCCAGCCCACCGCAGACGAGCUGCACUUCCUCACAAAGCACUUCAGCUCAGAGAGCAUCACUGACGAAGAGGGCAGGAGAUCCCCAGCCAUGCGGCCGCGCUCCCGCAGCCUCAGCCCUGGGCGCUCUCCCAUAUCCUUUGACCAUGAGAUCGUCAUGAUGAACCAUGUUUACAAAGAGCGUUUCCCAAAGGCCACGGCUCAGAUGGAGGUGCGUCUGGCCGAGUUCCUGUCCUCCUCAGCUCCAGAGAAGGUCAUGCAUUUGGCAGAUGGCGUCUUGAGCUUCAUCCACCACCAGGUGAUUGAGCUGUCCCGAGACUGCCUGGAGAAAUCGCGCGAGGGCCUCAUCACCUCCCGCUACUUCUAUGAGCUGCAGGAGAACCUGGAGAAACUGCUGCAGGAUGCUCAUGAGCGUUCGGAGAGUGUGGAGGUGACCUUCGUCACCCAGCUCAUUAAGAGGCUGAUGAUCAUCAUUGCUCGGCCUGCCCGGCUGCUGGAGUGUCUGGAAUUUGACCCUGAGGAGUUCUAUCACCUGCUGGAAGCUGCAGAAGGCCAUGCAAAAGAAGGCCAGGGAAUCAAAUCGGACAUCCCUCGUUACAUCAUCAGUCAGCUGGGUCUUACUAGAGACCCCUUGGAAGAAAUGGCCCAGCUGACCAGUUAUGACAGUGGAAACUCAGAAACACCAGAGAAUGAAUGCACUGAUUCGUCAGAGAAUCGAGGUGCGACAGCGCAGCCACCUCAGCCCCAGCCUAAGACCAAAACACCAAGAGAGGAGGACUUUGAGACCAUCAAACUCAUCAGUAACGGAGCUUACGGGGCUGUGUUUUUAGUGAGGCAUAAAGAGACACGUCAGCGUUUUGCCAUGAAAAAGAUCAACAAGCAGAACUUGAUUCUAAGGAACCAGAUCCAGCAAGCGUUUGUAGAGAGGGACAUCCUCACGUUUGCAGAGAAUCCAUUUGUCGUCAGCUUUUUCUGCUCUUUCGAAACUCGCAGACACCUCUGCAUGGUCAUGGAGUAUGUGGAGGGUGGGGACUGUGCCACUCUACUAAAGCACAUUGGUGCUCUGCCUGUGGAUAUGGCACGCAUGUACUUUGCUGAAACUGUACUGGCACUGGAAUACUUGCACAACUAUGGCAUUGUACACCGUGACCUCAAACCUGACAAUCUUCUAAUCACUUCAAUGGGACACAUCAAACUGACCGACUUUGGUCUGUCGAAGAUUGGCCUUAUGAGUCUCACCACUAACCUGUACGAGGGCCACAUUGAGAAAGAUGCACGCGAAUUCUUAGAUAAACAGGUGUGUGGUACACCUGAAUAUAUCGCCCCGGAGGUGAUACUCAGACAGGGUUAUGGGAAACCGGUGGACUGGUGGGCCAUGGGAGUCAUCCUGUAUGAGUUUCUGGUGGGCUGUGCUCCUUUCUUCGGAGACACCCCAGAGGAGCUGUUUGGACAAGUUAUCAGUGAUGAGAGAGUGUGGCCUGAGGGGGAUGAAGCUCUACCUCCAGACGCUCAAGACCUCAUCUCUAAACUGCUUCUACAAAACCCAAUGGAGCGACUGGGAACAGGAAGUGCAUUUGAGGUGAAGCAACACAGGUUUUUCAUUGAUCUGGACUGGAACAGUCUCCUGAGGCAGAAAGCUGAGUUUAUUCCGCAGCUCGAGUCUGAGGAGGAUACCAGCUACUUUGACACUCGCUCGGACAGAUAUCACCAUGUGGACUCUGAGGAAGAGGAGGAUACAAAUGAUGAUGAGCACGUGGAGAUCCGCCAGUUCUCCUCCUGCUCCCCACGAUUUAAUAAGGUCUACAGCAGUAUGGAGCGUUUGUCCCUACAUGAAGAGAAGCGCACUCCUCCUCCCACUAAACGCAGCCUCAGUGAGGAGGGCGGUGAGCGACUCGAUAGCCUCAGUAGCCUCAAGUCUCGAGACCGCAGCUGGAUGGUGGGCUCACCUGAAAUCCUGCGUAAACGCCUGUCAGUGUCCGAGUCUUCACACACUGAGAGCGACUCCAGCCCCCCUCUAACAGUGCGCCGUCGCUGCUGCUCUGCAAUCAUUGAAAUGCCUCGGUUCGCCAUCUCCACCGAGGAAGAGAGCACCAGGAAGACUCCAAUCAGGGCUCAGCGCAGUGAAGAGCUCCCUUCUGCUAUCCCAGAACUCCCAGUGGAGAGGGAGCUCCGACUGGAUGAGUCUCCCAUUACGCCAGGCUCCACUUCAAGCCAAGCCACUCGUGGAACACUCACACCUGGUGAUUCCUUGGAUAGAGGCUCUCCUCGCUGCAGCAGUAACGAAGGAGCAGAUAAUUCCACUCCCAAAGCCAUAAGCGACCUGGCAGUCCGUCGAGCUCGCCAUAGACUGCUGUCAGGAGACACAGAGAAACACACGUCACGGCCACUCAACAAGGUCAUCAAAUCAGCCUCAGCCACUGCACUGUCGCUCAUGAUUCCUACAGAGCACCAUGGAGCCUCUCCUCUGGCUAGCCCCAUGUCUCCUCACUCCCUGUCCUCCAAUCCAUCGUCUCGGGACUCAUCUCCCAGCAGGGACCCAUCAUCGGCUGUUUGCAGUGUGAAACCUGCCAUCGUUAUCCACCGAGCAGGCAAGAAGUAUGGCUUCACGCUGCGCGCCAUCCGUGUCUACAUGGGAGACACUGAUAUCUACACCGUACACCAUAUGGUCUGGCAUGUGGAGGAGGGAGGACCAGCUCAUGUAGCAGGUUUAAGAGAGGGAGACCUUAUAACACACGUAAACGGAGAAGCGGUCCACGGCUUCGUUCACACUGAGGUUGUGGAGCUCAUUCUCAAGAGUGGAAAUAAGGUGUCAAUAUCAGCCACUCCCUUUGAGAACACAUCCAUUAAGGUCGGUCCAGCUCGUAAAAGCAGCUACAAGUCUAAAAUGGCUCGGCGGAAUAAGAAGACCAAAACAAGAGAGGGACAGGACAGUAAAAAGAAGAACUCCCUAUUUCGGAAGAUUACUAAGCAGGCAUCUCUCCUGCACACCAGCCGCAGCUUGUCCUCUCUAAAUCGUUCUGUGUCAUCGGGGGAGAGUGUACCUGGAUCUCCCACACACAUGUCCCCUCGCUCCCCAACACAGGGCUAUCGCUCCACACCGGAUUCUUCCCACUCUGUUGGGGGAAAUUCAUCUCAGAGCAGCUCUCCCAGUUCCAGCGUGCCAAACUCUCCUGCCAGCUCUGGUCAGAUCCGGCCUAGUUCUCUACAUGGCCUGGCCCCAAAGCUGCAGCGCCAGUACCGCUCCCCUCGACGUAAGUCUGCUGGUAACAUUCCUCUGUCGCCGCUGGCCCGCACUCCCUCACCAACGCCCCAGAGCACCUCCCCUCAGCGCUCCCCUUCUCCACUGCCCAGCCAUGCACUUUUAAGCUCUUCCAUCGGUCAGUCCUUUCCGGUAAAACUACACUCUUCUCCUCCCUUAGUGCGCCAGAUUGCUCGUCCGAAGAGUGCCGACCCACCUCGCUCUCCUCUUCUGAAACGUGUUCAGUCAGCUGAGAAACUAGCAGCCUCACUCUCGUCAUCCUCGUCAUCUCCCUCUCCUUCAUCUGCUUCCGAUAAGAAGUUGCCGGUGGGUGCUGGUCGCAAGCACAGUCUGGAGAUCUCGCACACAGAAUUUAAAAAGGAGAUUCUCCAGCGGGAGCCAAGUUUGCAGAGCUUGCAAGAGUGCACUAGCGAGACUCUUCUUGGAGGCAGGGUGUCUCCAGCAGAAAAGGGAACUCUGCAGAAGCCUUUAGCCCGGAAGCUAGGGCGGCAGGAGGGGCCUGACUCAGCCACUGGAUCGCUAGGGCUGGCUCCUGGUAAGAGCAAGCUGAAGGACAAGCUGUCGGCUAUCCGUCAGGACCGUGCCGAACGGAGAGAGUCUCUUCAGAAGCAGGAUGCCAUCCAUGAAGUGGAUUCUUCAGAGGAUGAGACAGAUGAGGGUUCAGAAGAUAGUCAGGAUGGACGCAGGACAACUUUUGUCCCUCCUUGCCAUGUGCUUCGGCCCACAAGCGUGAUAGGAUCCCCACGGCUGGCUGCUUUAACUGCAUCCACAGUGGCUCAGCUCAGCUCCCCACAGCUCAGUCAAGGGCUACAGGCCCAAAACCAGACACAAAGCCAGCCUCCAUCAUUGGCAGAAGCUAAUGCUUCUGAGCAACAACCCACCCAGACCUUGAUAUCUACUCCCACUGCAGCCUCUACCUCAGCACUACCAGAAAAUUCCAGCGAGAGACGGGGAAAGGUUCAGGAUUCUGUGUCCAGCAGUAAAACACCUGGUCCUCAACCCAGCUCUCUGACCAGCACUUUUUCUACACCUGGUAGUGCAUUUACCACAGUUAGCAAGGACCCAUUUGUCAAACCCUCAGCACCCCCUCAAGACCGUAGGACUGCCAAAGUGAGCAGCAAGCAAGAGCCCAGCAUGGUGCCUGCCCGCGAACCUCAAAUCCCUACUCCUUCUACUGGGGGCAUCACUAAGGAGAAGAAGGAGGCAGACAACCGGAGACAAGCAGCAGCUGCCGCGGCUGCUGCCUCCUCUUCCUCCUCCAUCUCCACAGCUGCUGAGAGUGGAGUGGAUAAAGUGGUUUCCCAGCUGGCCACCGUGGCCAAAAGUGUGCUAGGGCCGGUAAAGCUCAACAUACCAGGGACCAAAGAAACCACCGAUCGGAGCAAAGAUGCCAGACCACAGUCAGACAUGGCGCACCCAAAAAGCAAAGAUUCACAUUUAAACAGUUCUCAUUCUCCUGAAAAGACUUUUCCAUCUGUUGCUUCUGUUUCCCAAACAGGGAGACAGUCUGAAUCACCCGCUCUACAGUCCCCUGCAAUAUCUGAGUUACCUUCAACUUCACAGAGGUUGCAAGAGACUGCAGUAGCUUCAAAGAGGCCUUCUGCCCCAAAAGACUGCUCAUCAGACCUAGGAGUGCCCCAAGACCGGCCAGCAACUCCAUGGAGCAGUGCCUCAGAGAGGCCCAGCUCUGAAGCCCAUUCCCAAAGCCAGGCCAAACCUACUUCCUCCACAAAGCAAGACAAAUCCAGCAAGAAGACAUAGCAGCCCUGCACAAAACAAAAUGGCAACUCACCUAGCAUGCAUGUUGAAAAACAAAACAUUAUACUUCACACUAAUCGUGAGAGGAAAGAAGUGAAAGAAGAAAAUAGAAGCAAAGAAGCUCAUUCAUUGUGAAUUGUUUUGUAGUGAGUGAAGGCUUUGGAUUGCUUUUAUUUUCCACUUUACCACUUUUUUCAGCAUUGUUUUAUUAUGUUCAGAAAAAAAGAAAAUACGGGGCUAGAAAUAAACUGUUUGAAAAACAAAAACUAACAUUCGGUGUGUUUUUACUUGAAUAUUAGGUUCUUAUUUUAUUUGCUGUUUUAGAUCUAGUGGUGCCUUAAUAUAAACCUAAAAGUCCUCCCUUAAGUCCUAUGCCAUUCGUUGAUGGAGGAAAAAUGUAUCUCAGCAAUAAAAUCAUCGUAUGGUUAGUUUCUAUUAAUGUAGUCAAAUCCUGCAUUAGGUUGGCUGAAAGCCACCACUUCAUUUUCCAUCAGUUGCUAUUAUAGUGACAACAGUUUGAGUACCGUACAAAUUGUAUGGCAGAUUUCUGAUCAGUUUGGAAUAAUUAAAAAAGUGACCUCUCACUCAUGAUAAAGUUAAUUGCUUUAUUGUGUGUUUUAUUUCCACAAUAGAGCAUAUAAUAUUUAAAACAGGUUUCCGAGAUUAAGUGAAAUUAAGUUUAAAUUAGUGAAUUAUGAUUCAAUAAAUAAAUAAAUAAAUAAAUAAAUAAAUAAACAUCACAUAAUUUUUCCGUAACUCCUCGUACACACGUUAUACUGAAACGUAUUUCCUCUGGCAGGUUAAGUGUGUUCUUAAACAUCUUGCCUCAUGUACAUGCUUGAUGUAUAGAUGAUCGUAUACGAUGGACAGAUUAAUGGCAUCGUCUAAUUUUAACGUCCGUAUUCAAAAUGUAAAAGCACUUCAAAUUGGAAAUGUUUUGUUGUUUUUAUUUCUAGCCCCCGCUCUCUCUUUUUUUUUUUUAUUGUUAUUAAUAACAACUGAAACGUUUUUAUUUUUAGGAUCUGGACCAACUUGCUGUGUUUUUUUCUGUAUAUUUGCCACUUUUAAAGUCAGAAAACUUGUACAGGCUUGAUGAUUGAGUGUGUGUGCGUGUGUGUGUGUGUGUGCGCGCGCACGUGUGUGCUUAUAUAAAUGAAUAUUUAAUGUUCUGUGUCGGUUUUAUAUCCGAGUGUAUUGGGAGUGUAUCAUGGAAUACGUUUUGUCUUUGCCAUUUCAGCUGAGUCUGAUUUAGACAUUUAUUACUAGCAGGCAAGGAUGUAUUUGCACAAUCCCUUUUUACUUUGUGUCAUAUGAAAAUGAAAUCUAAUAAAAUUCAGUCCAGUCAGAUCCCAGGGCUUGUGGGGGGGUCAAGGGGUUUGACCAAUCAUUUAACCCCUUGUUACCUGUCAUGUUAUGUGGCUAGAUUUGUGUUUACACCAACCUGAGUGAAUUUAAGUGGAAGUUAAAGUGCACUCUCCUGUUUCACCACAAUCAUACUGUUGUUUUGUUUUUGUUUGUUUUUUUAGCCUGGUAGUGCUGACAUUUACAAAAUAUCAAAUACUACUUUCAUUUACUGUUUUAUCACCAAUGUAAUUGUUAGAUAUUUGCCAAUGAAGACUCUGAUCCAGACUCUGAUCUCUGAUAACUGAUCCAGAUUUUUUUUUUUUUUUUUUUUAUUGAUUAAUUGCUGCGUAUUCCUGAAUGUCAUUUCGUAGCGUAUCUGUCACAGUUUAAAAACAAACCCACUGUAGUUUGCAGCUAAUUUAUUUUUACCGAUUUUUCUUAUCAUCAUCUUAAUAAGGAGAAAUUAGUCACGUGAUAGUCUGUACAGUUAUUCAGAAAUGUUAUGUCUGUAUGAAAUGAAAAGCUCUUGAUGGCUCUUGAGAGCCAGAAGCUUCAUUUCGAGCUUCACAGUUUCUGUGAGUAUUUUACAUUUUGUGUCUGAUUGUCAAAUUUGGCAUUUUGCCAUAAUGCAUCCAACGUGGCUCUCUCCUGAAUUCACAGCUUGAUGCACAGGAGAAAACAUUGAGCUGCAACAAUUUGUUCCUUUCAGAAGAUAUCUGACAAAAAUCCUGUACCUCUUUAUUAGGACUGAGUGUAGGAUAGAAGCUAGAGUGUGGACAUGGUAGGAUCUUAAAAAAAAAAAAGGUUUUAGUGGCUUAUUUUAACCAUAAUCUAUGGACUGCAACAGCUUUUCCUGCUUUAACACCUUAACUAAGAUUUUUCUUAGUGAGAUUAUUUAAUCAAAAAUCUCCCUUUUGAAAUAACAACAAAUUUAGAAAAGCUGAAAUUAUUAUUAUUAUUAUUAUUAUUAUAUUUUGGUGAUCUCAUUCGCACUUAAACUGACCAACCGUUCACACACUGUACAAUCUUUACGACUGGGACAAACUUCUAUGUUUCUAACUAGAGUUUCUAGGUUCUUUACAGUCCACAGCUUAUGGUUAAGUAUUAGAAUUAUACCAUGUUACUGUAAUGUUAAUAUAGUAUAAUAGCCAAGAAAUGUUCUCUGGAAAUAUUAGGAGCAAAAAAGUGUCUGAGCUUUGACUUUUUGGGCUAACUGUGGUAUGUAUUGUACUCGCACACUCGCUGUUGGAUAAUUAUGCUAUAGGGUCCGAUUUGGCUAAAGUGCCAGAAUCCUGUGGAUUUGUUCACUAAUAACACUUGCAGGCAUAUGGCAUCACACACACACACACACACACACACACACACACACACACACACACACACUGUGGGCGUGUAAUGCUUUACAGCCAGCCCUUCUCACUGAAACCACUCAAGCAGCAGUAAAUAAAAGUCAUGCUGCAUAUAAGAAGUAUAUGAAAUAUCAGCUGGACCGAAUAGGUGCUACGCCACUUUCCUUAGGGAUUUCCUCAGUACGUGGAGAUUACAACAUAUGUCUUGUGUUCUGUUUUUAUUCCCCCGAGACAGGUUGUACAAUAACGAAUGAACAGAGAUGGAUUUGAAAAAAAAAAAAAGAAAAACCUGCUAGUUAAACCAGUGCAAUAUCUUUUUAAUUUCUGUUUGUGGUAAGACGCAUGUUUGUUGUAACUCCUUCCUU